UGCCAACAUAGAAAUGCAUAGAUGAAGUCAGGGAAUUGAACACAUUUUAUAGAAAGUGUUAAACGAUAAUCGUUAAUUUGUAACCUGUAAGUUUGCGACUUUACAUCAGUUUACGGCGAUCACGCCACGCGGGUUGAUCUGUCCCCACGAUGAAGCUUUGAAUAUAUUGUAAACAAUACGUUGAGAGUAUGUAUAAAUUAAUAAUAACAGAAUUAUACGCUAGAAUUUUUAGUUAGAUUUACAGUGAGUGUAAAAAGUAUUCGUACUUGUAAUCGUUCUAUGUGGAAUGUUACGAAUCAAAGACUUUAGCCAAGAAAUAUCCAAUGACGGGAAUUGUAACCAUAAAUAGAGGCAAGCUCGAAGAAACCAGCGAUUUCAUUAUGGAAACGAUGGAAACUAAACGAGUUCUGUCUCGUUUUAAAUCCGACACCGGUGAAGUGCUACCGGGUGGUUUGCUGGAUUUACCCACAAAUAUUACCGUCGACAAGUUACAAGCAAUUUGCAAUGCGCUCUUGCAAUACGAAGAACCGAUAUCGUUUGCAUUUUAUGUGAAUGAUAUUGAGGUUACGGACACUUUGGAAGAAGUCAUUUCGCAGAGUUUUUGCACAGAGGAGAAUGUAAUUGAAAUUAUAUAUCAACCGCAAGCAGUUUUUAAAGUUAGAGCAGUUACUCGUUGCACCGGAUCUUUGGAAGGUCAUAAGGAAGCUGUGAUAUCGGUUGCAUUUUCACCGGAUGGAACAUGUUUAGCUAGUGGUUCCGGAGAUACUACAGUUAGAUUUUGGGACAUCUAUACGCAAACUCCAUAUUUUACAUGCGAAGGUCAUAAACAUUGGGUUUUGUGCAUAUCGUGGUCUCCUUGCGGAAGUAAGCUUGCGUCUGCAUGUAAAAAUGGGGUGAUUCUGUUGUGGAAUAAAGACACUGGCAAACAAAUAGAUAGAGCUAUGUCGGGGCACAGCAUGUGGGUGACGUCUUUGUGCUGGGAACCGUAUCAUAAAAAUCCAGAAUGUCGAUACUUAGUUAGCGCUUCCAAAGAUUGCGACUUGAGGAUAUGGGACACGAAGCUUGGACAAACUGUACGCGUUCUCUCAGGUCAUACGAGAAGCGUGACGUGUGUUAGAUGGGGAGGAAGUGGUCUCAUUUAUUCCGCGUCCCAGGAUAGGACAGUCAAAGUGUGGAGAGCAGACGAUGGAAUCUUGUGUAGGACUUUAGAGGGACAUGCGCACUGGGUGAAUACAUUAGCAUUGAACGUAGACUAUGUACUUAAAUCCGGCCAAUUUCGUUUUGGAAAGAACGAAGACAAAACUGAAAAUUCGUUAGAACGUGCGAAGACGCAGUACGAGUCUUUUGGCGAGGAAAUACUUGUUUCCGGUUCCGAUGACUUUACGUUAUUCCUUUGGAAACCAGAAAAGGGACAAAAAUCCAUUGCAAGAAUGACUGGCCACCAACAGCUGAUCAAUGAUGUGAAAUUCUCACCGGAUGGUCGCAUAAUCGCGUCAGCCUCGUUUGACAAGUCCAUUAAAUUGUGGGAAUCUAAUACAGGAAAAUAUAUAGCUUCGUUGAGAGGUCAUGUACAAGCUGUGUACUCUCUUGCAUGGAGUCCAGACUCUCGUUUGCUCGUUAGUGGCAGCGCAGAUUCUACUUUAAAAGUGUGGAGUAUGAAAACAAAGAAGCUCCUUAGGGAAUUGCCUGGUCAUGCGGAUGAGGUUUACGCCGUUGACUGGUCUUUGGACGGGUUGCGCGUCGCAUCCGGCGGAAAAGACAAAGUAUUAAGACUUUGGCAAAAUUGA